UUCCCAAAUCUGUAAGGCGGCAAACUCUGUUAGGGCUUCAGACGCGAAUUGCAGACUGAGAAGUCCAAGUUACGCAGUAGAGCUUCAGAUACGAAAAUUGUUUUCACUCUUCUGCAGUUCCAAGUUUUGCGAUAGGCAAACGCUUCACCGAAACACGAGGGACUCAGGAAUUUUGAGAGCUGUGAUAAUCGAUAGCACAAAAUUUUGCCAUUUCUGCCGACGUGUUACUUUCACACUCUCAUCCUUUCUUUCAUUCUGAUUUCAGGCCACCAUGAUCAAACUUCUCGUUUCUAAAAAUGUCUCUAUUAUAUCAUCCUUUUCUUCCUCCUCACAAUUAGUUCGUCCUCUUCUUCUGCAAAUUUGUCACUUCUCAGCCUCGUCGUAUAACCAUUCAUUCUUGAGACCCCAUGAUGAUGAAACGCGAAAUGUACCCAUUUCAGUGUGGUGGGAGUUCGAUAGUUGUAAUUUACCUGUUGAUGUCAAUGGGUAUAGAAUCACUCACUGCAUAACUGAAGCUCUUAGGACCAAAGGGAUAAAAGGGCCGCUUCAAAUCAGGGCUUUUGGUGACGUCUUGCGACUCUCAACUGCCAAUCAGGAAGCUCUCUCUUCCACUGGGAUAAAUCUGGUCCACAUUCCCAAUGGUGGAAAAAAUCCUGCUCAUGGAUCUCUUCUUGUUGAACUUAUGCAUUGGGUUUCCAAAAAUCCUCCACCAGCACAUCUGUUUUUAAUUACUGAUAAUAGGGUUUUUGCUGAUAUGUUACAUCGUUUAAGGUUGGAUAACUACAACAUCUUGCUUGCAACACCAGCAGGGGCUCCUAAAGUUCUCUGCAAUGCAGCAACUAUAAUGUGGCAUUGGAAUUCAUUAAUUAGAGGACAAAAUCUUGAUGGAAAACACUUUAAUCACCCUCCUGAUGGUUUGGUUGGUUCUUGGUAUGGGCACCAUAAGGUGCCUCUUGAAGACCCUUACUUGGAUGGUGAGCAGUCACUGAUUGAGGAGAUAUCUUCACCUAUCUCAGAUUCAGUAUUAUUUAAAAUUCCAAAGGAAAUUGUGAAACAAGUUCAAGAAGUUUUAAACUCAUAUCCAAGAGGUAUCUCUGUAUCAGACCUUCGAGCAGAAAUAGCAAAAGCUGGUAUUUGCUUGGAUAAAGACUACUAUGGUCAUAAAAAGUUUUCUCGCUUUCUUUUGUCAGUGGCAAAUGUACAGCUUCGGCCUGGACCUGAUAAAGUACUUUUUGUUUUUCCAAUCCCCCAAAAAUGGCCUGGACCAUUUGAUAACAGUUCUGUACCACCAAUAGCAUCUUUUGAAACUGUUGAUGGUGAGGAGUUCAACCAGGUGGCUACUUCAAAGUUAAGUGGUGAGGUGGAAAAGGUGGUUGAGGAUGCAGAUGUGAAACCAUCAGCAGUAUCUGUUGAUGGUGAGGAGUUGAAGCAGGUGGCUGCUGCAAAGUUAAGUGGUGGGGUGGCAAAGGUGGUUGGGGAUUCAUAUGUGAAACCAUCAAUGGCUUCAUCUCUGGAACUUAGUGCAGAAGGUAUUCCAGAAAAGGUCCAACAGGCUGUGGAUAUGGUUAAUGCACAUGUAACUGAAAGUCAAUCGCCUUUGAAGGAGAAUGAAAUUCCUAGCUCUAGCGAUGUAAAUCUGAGUGUCACAGAGAAAUUUGCAACUUCAGAGAAUUAUUCUACUGACCAAAGCAACAUAGUUUCAGAAAAGAAUGGCUCUUCAAAUGAUAUUUCUGUAAAGUUAAAAGCUGAAGAUGAGCAUGUGAAACCCACAAGAAAGGAAGCUGAUGCAGUUUCUAACAUUCCUCAUUCUCUACAAGUUGAUGAAUCUGUGAUUGACAAAAGCAUUGCUGGAAGCACUGAACCUCACAGCAAUAAUUCUGGCAAACGUCAAAGUUUCUUUUCUUGGAUUAGCAGGUGGUGGCCAUUCUGGAAAAAUGGUGGAAACACUAAUAAUUUGACAGAUCAACCGAAUGAGAUGCUUAGUAAUACUGAAGAGCCCAAGUUUUCAAACCUGAACCAGGCAAUUUGUCAUUCUGAAGAGUCUGAGUCGUCAGAUCUAAAACAAACAGUUUAUCAUUCUGAAGAUUCUAAGUUUACAGAACAGAAACAAAUGGUUAGUCACUCUAAAGAGCCCAAGUUAUCUGAACUGAGACAGACAGUGAAUCAUUUUGUGGAGCCUGAGUUGUUUUCUAGUAGUUCCUUUUGGAGUGACAUGAAAUCUUUUGUUUUUACUGCCAAAGGAUCAACUCUAAUUUCCCGUUCUAAAAGCAGGAAGGAUUUGAUGCAGAAAUUUCAAAAGUAUGGGCCCCAGGUUCUUAGUUCUUGUAGUGAAAAUGAUCUCCUUCAACUGGUGGAUUUGUUGAUAUCUGAGAAAAAAUGGUUGGAGGAAUGGCCCUCUCUGACCUUUCCUUUCCGUGUUGCCCUACAAACUGGGAAGAACUCAGUGGGCUUAUCACAUGGUGCAACUGGUUUGAGAUCUCUCUUUCUAAACAAAGAAGCACGGAGCACCUUGCAAAAAUCAUCAGAAGGUGAUAUCGAUAAAAGAUAUCAGAGUGUCCCUCACACUGGAGUUUCUUCUUCUGCCAUUAAAGAUAAGCACACUGAAAAGUCGAGAACUGACAUGUUAGCAGAUAUUCAGAAACUUGUGGGUGAGACAUUGAGAGAACACUCAGAUGGGUAUAAUAUAAGUAUGAUACCAAAACUUUUUCUGGAGAGGUAUGGCUAUCCUCUUGAUGUUCAGAAGCUUGGUUAUCAAAAGUUGGCAACCUUAUUACAGAUUCUGCCUGGAGUGAAAAUGGAGUCAUCUUACAUCUUUCCAGUUUAUCAUCCCGUUUUUGCUUCUGAUGUGGAAAUGUCAGCUCUCAAUACUUUAGUGAACAAUUCUAGUGAUGCUGGGCCGGAUUUGGAUAGAGAGUCAUCUGAUUCAAGCGCUCAAGAUGGCCGCAAAGACACUCUAUGGGAGGAAUUAGGACCUGUCUCAGUUGCCAAUCCCAUCAGGAGUGACCUGGAAGCAAAAUCAAGGCACGAGGCUAUAAAGCUGGAGACUGCAAUGCAUCCUGAUUAUGAACCUUCACUCUCUGAUGAUGAUUCUUCUGAAUCUGAAGGAGAUAGCUCUUGUUUAACUCAAUCAGAAGAGGAAGGACGCUCAAGACGUAAUGUGGAAGACAGUUCUCUUUUACAAACUCUGGAGUCAUUUUACAGAAGUCAGGAAGAGGAUAGUGUGAAGUCAGAAAAUAUGGAUGCCAGAAGCAAUGGGUUGACUGAUGGUUUACAUUCAUCCAGGCAUUUCAUUCCAGGAGCACUUUCCAAAAUUCAUUCAGGGGUGGUGCAUAAAGAGAAGCAAAAACCUCACAAGAGAUAUUCAUUCAUUGCUGACCCGGACUCACGUAAGAAGGACGAGCUAAUCGAUGGAAUAUUACAAAAUUUGAGGAAAUCAGAUGAGUUGAAGGUGCAAAAUUGAAAAUUCCUCGAGUUCAUAGAUUCUAAAUUGGGAUCCGGUCAUAGUACCUGAGAAUAGAAAUAAAGAGAUUCUAACAAAUUAGGAUUACUAACAAACUCAGGUGGUGGCAUGUUUCUUUGCAUCACGCGCGCUGCGCUUUUUUGCUGGCCAUGGUACUAACAAUUCUGUAAGAGACGAUUGCUAUUAUGGAACUGUGUUCUUUUAAAGACCCUUGUUUUACUGCUGGAUCAAAUGGAAAAGGGUAGGACUGGGGUAAGGGUGGUUUCUAGUUCAACCUCUUAAUGGAAAGAAGUGGGGAAAAACCUUGUUUUACUAACAGACACUGAGAAAAUUGUUGUGUAUGCAACAUGUGAACCACCCUGAAAGAAAGAUUUGGAGAUUCUCUCCACGCCACUCUGCUUUAGAUGAAUUGGACAAACAGGGAUAAAUGAAGUGGAUAAUGUGUGUAAACUACGAAGGCUGAGGAAGUUAUGAAUGAGAACAAAGAACAACAGACGGCAGGCACUUCUUGAGUAACUUGUAAGAUCAACUUUUUUCCCCUUAAUUACUUACUCGCUUUAUUUACAACUGUUUGGUUGGAUGGAUUUGUUUUUUUUUUUAAGGGAAAUUAAAAGAGGGAGGGUGAUGAAGAGUGGCUUCUAUGAAGAAAAGGUGAUUUUUGAGUUUGAAAAUGUAUUCGGUAUGUUGAAGAAACCAUGUUUUCCCCCUUUUGUUGCAUUGGAUGUUUAGUAUGAAGUGAUAAUGAAAGGACGCAAAAGAAUCAAAGUUAUCAAA